CAAAUUCGUUCUGUUUAAAUCGGUCGCAAUAUGUUGGCAAAAAUCAUUUGUAUAAUCCUUGUGAUAAAUUCAUUUCUAACAUUUGCUAAAGCAACUGAAUUUCCCAAAAGUAAUGAGACAAGCCUAUCUACUGCGGAAUCAAACAUUAAAGUUCUUGAGUCGGAUGUUAGAUUUUUAAGAGCAGAUUUUCAAUCUCUGAGAACGGAGCUGGAGUCAAGCGUUCAAUCUCUCAGAGUGGAUAAUCAAUACCUUAAAGCUGAGCUUGAAAAUCAGAAGAAGGAUGGAGUUGAUAAGGAUUCGAAUAUUCAAAAACUUGAAGCGGAGCUGCAACAACAGAAGAAAAGUGGAGAGGAUAAGGACUUGGACUCCCAAUCUCUAAGGUUGGAUAAUCAAAACCUCAGAGCGGAGCUGGAAAAACAGAAGGAUCGAGCUAAUAUGGAAUCUGUUAUUCGGCAGCUGAAAGUGGAGCUAGAACAAAAGAAGAAAUGUGAAGUGGACAAUCAGUCUCUCCGAUCGGAAGUGGAACGACUAAAAAACGUGAUGGAUGGACUUAUUUACCCGUACAAUUGUGCCGAAGUCAAAUCUAAUGGGAUCAACGAAAUACUCAUUCCCAAAUUUAGCAACCAAUCUUUUAAAGUUGCCUGCGAUCUGGAAACUCGAGGUGGAGGAUGGACGAUCAUCCUGAGGAGAUUGGAUGGAAGUGUCAACUUCUAUCGCAACUGGACCGAGUACAAAAAUGGAUUUGGAAAUCUGGAUGGAGAAUUCUUCUUGGGGUUGGAUAAAAUACACGCACUAACUGCAGACAGGAAACAGGAGCUACUUGUGAUUCUUGAGGAUUUCGAUGCAGAUAGAAGAUUGGAGUCGUACGAUGACUUUGCCAUUGGCAACGAAGAUCAACAAUAUGUCCUACACACUCUGGGCAAAGCCCAUGGAACUGCAGGAGAUUCACUCGACUAUCAUAGUGGCCAGAAAUUUUCUACAUUCGAUCGGGACAAUGAUGAAUCGUCAAGCAACUGUGCCGAAAAACACACUGGUGCAUGGUGGUAUGAUAGUUGUAGCUACAGUGACUUGACCGGGACAUAUAAUGACAACAGUUCUGAAGGGGGCGUCUAUUGGUACCAUUUUCGGGGUUAUGAGUACUCCCUUAAAACAGCUGUGAUGAUGAUAAGGCCAAGAAAUUGAAUAUUGAUGAACAAUUCACAAGCUGCUUCAAUAAUAUAUUUUAAUGUCUUGUUAUAUACAUUUGUCUAUACU